CUCUCUUCUCUCUCUUAUGUCUGUGUUGUGUCUGUCUCUGUCAUUCGUUCACCCUUAUUCAUAAUCAUAAUAAUGCAUACAUAACACAACAAACAAACCAACUCUUUCUCCAUCUUCGAUUCUCAAUUCUCAAAUCAUUCAAACCUUCAUUCUCUCUGCAAAUUCAAUUCAAUUCAAAUUCAACCUUACCAUUCAUUCCUUCCCCAACCCCCCAAAAAAAUCAGCUUAAAACACACCACACACACAAAAAAGAACCCAUAAAACUUCACAGACACACAGGUACACACGAAGAAGAAAAACUCAACGAAGAAUAAAAAAGUUCAGUUUUUUCUUUAGUGUGAUCAUCGUUUCGUCGAUGGCGACGGGACCCGAAAGAUCGAAGCCACUGCACAACUUCUCGUUGCCCUGUUUGAAAUGGGGCACCCAACGGUUACUUCGCUGCGUCAACGCCGACCUCGAUCGCCGAUCCUCGAGAUUCGACGCGCCGCAGAACGGCGUCGUUCGAGUCCCCAACAAGCGCAAAAUGAACGACGGCGACGCCGUUUUCUUGGGAGGACUCAGAGAAGAAGCUAGUGGCGUCGACAACCAUGCCAUGAUGCCUUGGAAUUUGAGGACGAGAAGAGCUGCGUGCAAGGCUCCGCAGAACGAAGAGGAGCGAAGGUUUUUCGACAUGGGGUGUUCUAUGCCGCCGGUGAAGGAGAAGAAGAAGAUGGUGGUGACGGGGAAUGAGAGAGUUAAGUUUUCUGUUUCCCUCUCCAAGGAGGAGGUGGAGCAGGAUUUCUGGGCCUUGGUUGGAACUAGGCCCCCCAGAAGGCCCAAGAAGAGGCCCAGGAUUGUGCAGAGGCAAUUGAAUACACUUUUUCCUGGUUUAUGGCUGGCUGAGGUCAGUGCAGAGUCAUAUAAAGUUGCUGAUGUUCCUGAAUGAGGGUCUGAAAAAUGAAGGGCUAAACCAGGUUCUGAUUCUGAAUGGAUGACCCAAAUAUUUUUGCUCACUGACUUCCUGUUGUGACAUAAAUAAUGGUAAAUUCCAAAUCAUCUAUGUAAAUGAAAUGUUUAACUCAAUAAUCAUGAAAUUUUGGAAUUUUGCUAUCAGUUGUACUUGUCUGAAUGUUGUAGCUUGCAGAUUGUACGGAUCAACUUUGUUUUCAGUUAUUUGAACAUAAUCUAUUGACCAUUUUCUUCUUA